CCCUCUCUUCCCCUUCUCCCACUCCUACCACCUCCCCCUCUGGGCGUCACUGACGUACACUUCGAGAGCGGGACCUGCCCUCUCGUCGCCAUUUUUUAGUGUCGUCCUCGCACUCCUCGGCGGCUCUGUACAGGGGCGACUGGCGGGAAGAAGACCCAAGUACCACGGAAAUACGACUCGUAGGACUAUUAGCGACGCGCGUGCCACCGCUCCGGUGUCACGUGCCUGACAUGCACGCGCACGAGCCGAGCCGCUGUUGUGAAAUCCUCUCUACUGUGAAGAAGACGUGUGGCGGGCCGCCAUUUUUCUCCUCCGCCGCCUACAAAGUCCGCUCCGACUCGAGACAGGGGCUUCGAGUAGGCCUUUCAGCGACGCGUGUGCCUUAGCUUAAGAGCGAGGAGCUUGUGCUAAGUCAUUUUCCCACCGGCGACGUUGAACCGACAUGUGGAAUAAUCAGAAGAGCAACUGAGGCCACUUCACCCACUUCUCGUCUUCUCAGAACCCACACUGACCGGAGGAGAUAAAUUACCAGACGAGAAUCUUCGGCGUUUUCUCGGAAGGAGGAAGGAAAAGGGGAAGCUUCAUUGAUCAUUGUCGCUUUAGCGGGUAUUUUUUUUUUUUUUUGUCUUCCUGGCACGACCGAGCUCGUUUACCACAGGAAACAGUAUGGUUCUAAGUUGACGCAAACCGGCCUGUUUGUAAUAAGCCUGUCAGGUAUUUUACCGGGGGGGUCUCUCAAUCUCGACAACUUUCAAGGUGGCGGGACGUACGAACUACCCUGCAACCUCUCAUUUGCAGUGAUAUUGGCCGCCUAUAUACGGAGCCUAGUUUCUCACCUGUAGACUGACUUUUAACUUAUUUUUAAACAGAAAUGUCCACUGCUCGCUUUGACUCAUCCGAUCGUUCGGCCUGGUAUUUUGGACCCGUGUCCCGCCAAGAGGCACAGAAUAGGUUACAAGGACAGAGACAUGGCAUGUUCCUAGUCCGAGACUCGUCCACAUGCCCCGGGGAUUACGUUCUGUCGGUUUCAGAGAACUCCAAAGUGUCUCACUAUAUCAUCAACUCUUUGCCCAGCAAGAGGUUUAAGAUCGGGGACCAAGAGUUUGAGCACCUGGCCGCACUCUUGGAGUUCUACAAAAUCCACUACCUGGACACGACCACGCUGAUAGAGCCAGCUCCCAGGUACCCAAGCACAGUGAGUGGACCGAUCCAGCCUUUGGGCGGCCAAGAUGAGAACCUGGAGUAUGUUCGGACUCUGUAUGACUUCACUGGUAGUGACGCUGAGGACCUUCCCUUUAAAAAGGGAGAGAUUCUCAUCAUCCUUGAGAAGCCGGAAGAGCAGUGGUGGAGCGCCAAGAGCAAAGAAGGUCGCGUCGGCAUGAUCCCUGUUCCUUAUGUGGAGAAAUUGGUACGACCCUCACCACACCCGUGCCAACCGACCCUCGGAUCCCGUAACUCCAACAGCUACGGCAUCCCGGAGCCAUCACAUACCCUUGUCCAUGCCUACGCCCAGCCGCAGACCCCGUCGCCGCUGCCUCCGGGCACUCCCGGAGCUGUCAACACGCCGCUGCCAUCCUUGCAGAACGGACCGGUCAUGGCCAAGGCCAUCCAGAAACGAGUGCCCUGCGCCUAUGACAAGACUGCUCUGGCUUUAGAGGUGGGCGACCUAGUCAAAGUGACACGGAUGAACAUCAGUGGUCAGUGGGAGGGGGAGGUUAACGGACGAAGGGGUCUCUUCCCAUUCACUCACGUGAAAAUCUUAGACCCCCAAAAUCCAGAUGAGAGUGACUGACCUAAAAAUAGACCUCCUUGCCUGUACCGUGCUGAACGCGAGUCCGCCCCGGCCUACCGCCAGUGUCACCAUGUGCUUUUCCUGCUGGUGAUGUACCAUGACAAGACCCCCAAAUCCCCAUCCCACUUGCUACUCUUCCUCCCUAUUCGCCACUGCUGUUGCCAACUGCUGCAAGGCUUUGACUGUUUACAUCCCUGGAUACAUCCAAACUAAAAGCAGACUCCCAUGACAAGCAGUGUUGAUACACCGGGUUCCAUUUCAUUUCACCAUCUUUAAUGUAUAUUUACCACAUGACAUGUUUGAGUGUGCGUAUGUUGUGAUUAUUUGUACAAAGUGCGGAGGGGGCAGUGAGGCAAUUUAGUGUUUUCUCCAAGAAAUCGAGUCUGUCUUAAGCACACACGUGGAGUUGUAUCUAUGCUAAUUGCAAUCUACACUAUUCAUGCCAUUUUUUAUUUGUGCCAUUUGGUCAGCAAUUUGUGAAAUUUGCAGAGGACUAUGGACACCUGUCAGCGGCGAUGUCUUUGCAUGUUUCUGAGAUCAGAUGUCUAGACAAGCUUUGUGACUGCACAUACUGCUAAAACAGUGGGAAAUCUAAAAUAGCAGACCGUCCACCUUCCAAUUCUUAUAAACUUUGCCACCAUGUCCCAUAUUUUGACUUGACAUGAAAUUAAAAUGGCCUUAAGAGGACUGGAAAACUGAUAUUGACAUUGAGGGAAAUGGUUCUCUAGCCCUCCACUGUGGCAUGUAAGACAUGAAGGGGCAGGUGACAACCCUCUCAUGUCGCUGUAAGCCAAUAAGAGCCCAUAAAUGCCUUUAUUUUCCUGAAAGAUAAAUGCAUCUUUUGUUGCAUUCAAUGUGUUUUUUUAAAUGACAUUUCUUCUAGUGUAGUUGGGAUUUUAACUAGCUUUUUCUUUCAAUGUUGGGCCUGCACAGCCGUUGAUCUCUAUAUGCAAGCUGCCUCAUGUCAGUUGUGAAAACUAGAAACAUCCUACACCUGACAUAUCUGCUGUAAAAAAAAAAAAAAAAAGACCUGCCACAUUU